AGUGGCAACCCUAAAAUAUAUAAAUAGCUGCUGAGUGCAAAAACUCUGUAUUUAUGGCAAUAAAAUAGAUAAAUAUUAGCUGAAUUGUUUGAAAAAUAGUGCUUAAUAGCACCACCAAGCCGCACAAUGUCAAAGUCAAGUGCAGCACGCUGGGUGAAGUUCUUCAAUGCGGCGGGAAUACCUUCUCCAGCGGCCGCCGGCUACGCCCACGUCUUCGUGGAGAACCGGAUCCAGGAUGACAUGCUACUGGAUCUCAACAAGGAGUAUUUGCGGGAAAUGGGCAUCACCCUGAUGGGUGACAUAAUUGCCAUCCUGCGCCACUCGAAGACCGUCUGCGAGCAGAAUGCCCGGGAUCAGGUUCUCACCACCGAGGUGGUCCAACCAGUUGCCCGGCCGGUGUCGCCAAAAGUCAAGAUACCGGUGCCAGCCAAAUCGAAGGCUUCGCCGCCCGCCAAACCGGCGAGACGGGUGCUCCCCGAGCAUGAGGGCAAGUACAAGGUGACACUGCCCUCGGGAACCACCGAGCGAAGCAAACAGAUACUGGCCAAGCGGGAGAAGUUGUACUCCGACCGUGUGACCAGCUCCAAGAAGUCGGACAUCUUCUCACGCCUGCAAACCGGCGAGGAUGAGGCCCAGGAGGGCAUUGUCUCCAGCUCCGGCGAGAACAAUGUUCGCGUCCACAUCACCGGUGUGUCAAAGGCGGCAGACACCUCUAGUAACCAUUCGGUAUUCGCCCGACUCGGCGGCAAGCAGUCUAGCCUUUCUGAAGACGUUACUCUUAACAAAGGAAUCAAGUCAAUCCUAAAGAACACCCAACGUACGGUGGCAGGAGGCGUCACCAAAAACUCGCCCAUUGUCAAGGCCAAGAAGGUGGCCAUGUCCGCUGUGCCGCAGCAAAAGGUUAUGCUCGUGCACAAGGUGCCUCUAAAACGUGGCGACGAUGAGGACGAGAGCAUGGAUGAUUUUGGAAGCGAUGAGGACGACUAUAUCUCCACCGGGGAGAGCGAAGACUUCGAAAUGGGGUCCGGCGAGAAGAUCGUGAAGUUCGCCUCCACAGCCGAGGUUCGAGAAAUUGCACCCGAGACGUCCUAUAAAGCCAGGCAAGGCAAAAACUUUGCCCAUAACAUCAAAGCGAGGCUGGGAAUGGUAUCCAAACUUCAUGCCACCAAGAAGACCUACAAUUUGAAGGCAUCGCCAUCGAAGAAACCGCAGGGUCGCCUCAGUCCAGUCAAGGGCAAGGCCAUCCGGAUGCGAAGCGACGAGCUAAUGACCCGCCAGGACUCGCUACCCGUCCACAAAAGGCUGGGUAACAACUCGUCCUCCGCCCCCAUCAGAGCGCCGCCAGCAGUGCCGCACCGUCAGCAGCGAUCGGAGCAGCAAAAGAAGAAGUACAUCCCGCCAAGGCGGUACAACAGCAUGAAUGCAGGCCAUAACAAGCCGCGAGAUCAAUCUGGAUCUGUAUUUGACCGCCUAGGCUUCAACAACUCUAUGUAAAGUAUAAGUAAUGUGUCCCGCUUAAAUUUGUUUUAAGUUCAAUGCCCCUAAUUAACCAGUAAAUGUUCGAAUUCAA